UCCUAAAACAGGGGAGAUGGGUCUCUAUUUUUCCUAUGAAAAGAUUGUUUUCGCUCUCUCUAUCACUUCGUCUCCUGUAUUCAGCUGAUUAGACUAUGAUUGCAACAGGUGGCAGAGAGCGAUCACGUGGAGCAGGUUUGGGGAGCCGACCCCCGACCCCCGGCCCCCGGCCCCGCACUUCUAACCUAAAGCCGCACGCCCCGGAGCCGCACCUGUGCUUUCCUUUGGCUUUGCAGCCCCUGGAGUCCGCGGCGACCCUGGGCUAAGAAGGUGCCUCCCCGGAAGGGCCAGAGCAGGGCUUGGAGCCCCGCGGGGCGGCGGUAGAGCAAACGCAUCGCAUCGGCCGCACCCCUACCCUCGCCGAGAUGCACAACGCGUCGUCCUGGGAGCCGGGGCCCCCCAACGCGUCGCCCCCCGGCUUCGCGCUGGGCUGCCCCAACGCGUCGAGCCCGCCGCCGCCGCCGCCGCCGCUGGCCGUGGCCGUGGCCGUGCCCGUGGUCUACGCGCUGAUCUGCGCCGUGGGGCUGGCGGGCAACUCGGCGGUGCUGUACGUGCUGCUGCGGACGCCCCGCAAGAAUGUCACCAACCUGUUCAUCCUCAACCUGGCCGUCGCCGACGAGCUCUUCACGCUCGUCCUGCCCGUCAACAUCGCCGACCUGCUGCUGCGGCGGUGGCCCUUCGGGGAGCUCAUGUGCAAGCUCGUCGUGGCCAUCGACCAGUACAACACCUUCUCCAGCCUCUACUUCCUCGCCGUCAUGAGCGCCGACCGCUACCGGGUGGUGCUGGCCACGGCGGGGUCGCGCCGGGUGGCGGGGCGCACGUACGGCGCGGCGCGCGCGGUGAGCCUGGCGGUGUGGGCGCUGGCGACGCUGGUGGUGCUGCCCUUCGCGCUCUUCGCCCGGCUGGACGAGGAGCAGGGCCGGCGCCAGUGCGCGCUGGUCUUCCCGCAGCCCGAGGCCUUCUGGUGGCGGGCGAGCCGCCUCUACACGCUCGUGCUGGGCUUUGCCCUCCCGGUGACCACCAUCUGCGCCCUCUACCUCGCCCUGCUGUGCCGGCUGCGAGCCAUGCGCCUCGACGGGCAGGCCAAGGCCCUGGGCCGCGCCAAGAAGCGGGUCACUGUCUUGGUGGCGGCGAUCCUGGCCGCGUGCCUCCUCUGCUGGACGCCCUACCACCUGAGCACCGUGGUGGCGCUCACCACCGACCUCCCGCAGACGCCGCUCGUCGUCGCGGUCUCCUACGGCAUCACCAGCCUGAGCUACGCCAACAGCUGCCUCAACCCCUUCCUCUACGCCUUCCUGGACGCCGGCUUCCGCAGGCGCCUCCGCCAGCUGCUGGCCUGCCGCCCCGCCGCCUGACUCCCCGGCGCGCCCCCUCGGCACCGCCAGCCCUGACCUGCCAUCCCCCAGCCCCCGCCUCUUCACACCUGCGAGAUGCCGAUGCUCGGGCCCGGACCUAGGCGUGCCCGUAAGUUGAACUUGCCUGGUCCCCUGGGUGAUGCUGGAGCAAGCACACCCAGUGUCAGGACGGCGGCGGCUGAGAACGCACACGCCGGCUUCCUAAUGCGGAAGGGCACCCCCCUGAACUAGUUCGGGGAGGGGAGCGAGGGGAAGGAAGAAGUGCUGGGAACUUCCUUCUCGUUCCGCAACGCGCUUUCCGGGCCCCCGCGUCGUGCGCAACCCCGGCUCUAGGUGGAGCCCGCGGCGCUACCUCGGGCGAGGUCCGGGCGAGGUCCGCGGACGCGGCGGCUCGUGGGCGGCGCACUUGCCCCUGCACUUGGCCGCUUUGGUUUCCAGCAGCGACUGGCUGUGCUUUGGCUCAAGCGGCAACAGCCUGCCCAUCCCCCCUGAUCCUCCACAAAGUUCUAACAGCCGGAGAAAUGGGUCCGGGCGCGUGCGCUCCGCGCCCACCUCUCCCAGGCACAGAUGGGGAGAGACGCACGAUCCAUCUGUCCACCGUGUCGGCCCCGCACAGGCCGAUCUGGAGCUGCCUUGGACCUCUGGAUAGGACUGCUGGACAAAUAGACAAACUGGCACCGUUCUGUCAUCCACGUCACUGGGUUGUGUUGCAUCCUAUUACAGCCCGUGAUUGAUUAAACAGGACUCAGUAGUUCAGUUUCACCCUGGCUUUCUAAAUCAGUGGCUAAACUGUUGUAUUGUUAUUUCUAGGUUGUAGCCUACAGAUUAACAUGUAGAAGUCCAGAAUGUAUGUCUCAAACUUCCCUUUUAUGCUGUGUCUUCAGUAGAAUAAAGAUGCAAGUAGCCACAUUAAAAGUAGAGUUUAUUUA